AUGAAGUGUGACGCCCAAUAAUAACCUUCUAAAAAAAUCUAGAUAAAUGCUUUUAAAAAUAAAAUUACUGAUAACUAAUUACACCCGCCCCUGUUACGCCGAAAAUGCCCAAGCAAUGCUCUGUAUCUUUUCCGUUCAGGUCAAUUUACCGUCAUUUAGUAUAAAAGGUCCAGAUUCUACACUCCACUGAGGUCUUCAUUUAGUUUCAAAUUCUCUUUACUGAAUUUCUCUCAUCUAAUAAUCUCCUCGUCGCUUCUCAAUUUUUCUAAAUAGCAGUAUGAAUCCGAUGCCGAUUCGUGAUCAGAAUGAAGAGGAAUCACCAAAUUAUAAAUCAUCAUCAUCAUCAAGUGGUAGUUCAAGAUUCAGUUCGGAGAAUUCAUCACAAUUCCCGCCAGAUUCAUCCACCAGUGACUCUUUUCCUCUUACUUUAGCUUCAUAUUCUUCUUUUAAUGGAAAAAUCAAAAUGAACCGGCUUACAACUGAAGAUAGAGUUCAUCUUUCUCAUCUAAAUUCACAUUUAAACAAUCUCAAAGAUGAUUUUGGAUUGUGCUCAAAUCAUCUAGAGUAUUCCUCAAGGAAAAUUGUUGUUCUGAGGCAUAAAAAUGCUGCUCUCCGAUUGAUUAACAAUGAUCUAAAGGAUCGGUUGAUUCAAUUACUUCAGGUUUAUAUGGAUCUUCAGAAGAUUCCUCUCCCUGAUUACGUUUCUUCCUUCAUCAACGAUCAUAUUUCUCUCAGCAUUGGAGAUAUUCGAGGCGGCAGUACUGGUUACAACCGAUUUGUACCGAGUCGUGAAACUUCAGUUACGAGUUCUGGGAUUGCUGACAAUGGAUUUGAAGAGAAACCGAUUCAAUUUCAAUCAGAGAGAGUUUGUUUACCAAAGAGCAUCUCCAUUCGUUCUAAUGCUUACUUGAAGAUGAGUCAAUCUAAUAAUCCUUAUGCUUCGGAUACAACUGCUCCUCCUUCUUCCAACAAAAACGUCGACAGACUUACAUUCGUGCCGCCACGAGUUAAGUUGCCUACUGUUCCUGCAGUUGAUGAUGAGAAGAAGAAGGAGGAGGUGGAGGUCCCACUGGAAUUGGAUGUAUACAAUCAAGGAAUGCCAAAGACAGAGUUAUGCGAUAAAUGGGUAGAAGACGGAGUCUGUCCAUAUGGGGUCUACUGUCAAUUUGCGCAUGGACUAAAGGAGAUGCGACCUGUGAUUCGUCAUCCUAGGUACAAAACUGAAGCUUGCAGAAUGGUUCUAAAUGGAGGUUUCUGUCCUUAUGGUCAUCGGUGCCAUUUCCGUCAUGCCCUGACUGAUCAAGAGAUGCGUACCGGUUUUACUCAUUAUUAGUUAGAGUGUUAGACUGUCUGGCUUCUACCUACGUGCAAGAUGUGAAUAGCAAAACGGGGAGUGAAGAAGCAGAAUGGAAAAAAGUAAAGUAAAAACAAAGUGGAAAAAGCGAGACAAAACAAGGAAAGAAAGUACAUACAAAAACAGUAGGCACAUCAAUAAAGACAGAAAAACAAAAAUAGAAGCACACGUGAGAUAAAGUCAUUGAUAAUAAGAUUAGGGGGUUGUUGGGUUGUUGCACAUUGGAUUUACUGAGCAUUGGUUCGUUUUGGAAGGGAGGAGAAAUGGUGCAAGAAAUGGAGGGAUAUGGAUAACAUUCUGUUACGAGCGCGGGAGGUUAGAUUUGGAACAUCUACCUUAAUUCUACCACAUUUUCAGUAUUUCCUGGGGUUAUUCUAUUUCCUUUUCCGUUUUUUUUUUUUUUUUUUUUUUUUUUCUUUUGUUUUGGACUUGGCUAUUACUAUACUAAAAUUCAUAUAUUAGGGGUCAUCUGAGAAGAGGUACACUAAUCGUAUGCUAUUCUCCUACUUAACGUUUUUACAAGACAUAUAUGUCUGGGUGAACUAUGUGUGUGUCAAGUCAAACAAGUCAAUCUUGACUUUGACCUGUGCUUUGUGAUUCAGUGUCCCGUUUAUUACAUCUUAUC